CAAUCAUGUCAAUCGCAGUGUCCCGCAGUGUCCACAGCUGGUUUGUGCCGGGUGAAUUGAGGGGAAGGCGUAAACAACCAGGAAAAUAGGCUGAAAUCAACCCGUUGCAGCCCACCCAUUGCUGCUUCCAGUUUCCCGUGUCACGACCAUUUUGCACGACGCGAAACUGGAAUCGGUCCGUUCGGGAGGAAGUCGCGGCGGGUGAGCUUCACUUCCCUCCUCGGUACUCACCCUAUGGUAGCACCAUGGAAUACAAAUCGUCGUUCUUUCCCUUCGUUCCCUGUGACUUCCAUCUCGUGAUCAUUUCUCUCAUUUUGUGAAACAGCGUCAGUGACAUCAUCGCCUUCUUCUUGCGCGACACUCUCAAAAACAGAUUCCUUUCUUUAACCACCACCACCACCAUCACCAGCACCAAACCAGCCGAGUAUAGCAGCGCAUAUUGGCAACAACAAGACAGCCAACAUGUCUGACGCAACCGCCUCCUUCAUCCCCUUGGGAGCCAUCAUCCAGUCCCUCGACGUCGCCGGCACCAACAUCGUCCUGGGCUUCCCCUCCCAAAAGGCCUACGAGUCGCACAACGCCUGCUUCUUCGGCGAGACCAUCGGCCGCGUCGCCAACCGGGUCAAGGACGCCAAGAUCGACUCCCUCAACGGCGGGCAAUCGUACACCCUGGCCGCCAACAACGGGCCCAACAACCUGCACGGCGGCGUGGUCGGCUGGGGCAAGAAGGUCUGGAACGGCCCUACUCCCGUUGGCGUGAAGGAGAUCCCAGCGUUCGAGGGCAAGAGUGACAAGAUCGACGGUGGUGAGAGCGUCCAGUUCACGCUCGUGAGCGAGGACGGCGACGAGGGGUUUCCUGGAAAGGUGGAGGCGAGGGUCAUCUACACGGUCAGCAAGGAGAAGAGCGAGGAUGGCAAGGAGAAGGUUCUGUUGGGCAUUGAAUAUGAGGCGGAGCUGUUGGAUGGUGAGGUGGAGGAGACGGUCAUCAACAUGACUAACCACUCAUACUUCAACCUGAGCGGCGGCCCUUCCAUCGAAGGCACCAUCGUCACCCUGGCCACGAACCGAUACCUACCGGUCGACCAAGGCGGUAUCCCCACCGGCGGCCUCGCGCCCUUCCUCUACCCUGCCGACAAGGCCGGCAACAUCCCCUUCACCCUCGGUGCUGUUGAGCCCGACAUCGACGACUGCUUCAUCGUCAACGAGGACCCUUCGUCGGUCCCCAUCGACACGCGCUCGCUGCCCCUUAAGAAGAACCUCAGCGCGUUCCACCCCGAGUCCAAGAUCCACCUUGAGGUGUACAGCACCGAGCCCGCCUUCCAGUUUUACACGGGCAAGUACAUCGACAUUCCCGCGGUGGACGGCGUUCCCGCUCGCAAGCCGCGCAGCGGCUUCUGCCUUGAGCCCAGCAGGUGGGUCAACGCUUGCAAUGUGCCCGAGUGGAAGGGGCAGAUGUUGUUGAAGAAGGGAGAAAAGUAUGGGUGCAAGAUCCUGUACAGGGCGUGGAAGGAGUAAGGAUGUGUGGUGGAGUGGAGGGAAGUGUGAAAAAUAUGCGAGAUUAGAUACCAAAAAGGAAGCACGAAUGGAAGUAGUUGUACACACAAUGAUACUCUUACA